GGAAGGUUACGACGAAGUUAGAUCCAAACAUCGUAACGAUCCAGCAGUGAUGAAUAAGCUACGUGAGAAUUUGAAGUCGAAAGCUACAGUUAAACAUGCACCCAAUGAAAUAGACAAAAAGAUUGAAGGGGUUACAACACGCCCUAAUCUCCCAAAGGGAAUGAAAUACGUCAUCAAGAAGAUCCCGUCCCACCCAUUGAGAUUCGGAACGGCAUAUAGGGCUAAUUUUCUUGAUGAUUUUGAAUCAUCAAUAGGUGAAGAAGGUAUAAAGUUAUUUAGGCAAUCUAUAUUUGGUCACUACUUAGAUAUGCCAAACUGCAACUUUCAAGGGCAAAUCAUCAAAUGCCUCUUACUUCUUGAGGUAGACCAAAAAAACAAAGAAGAACUGCACAUUCGUCAUGUGCAGGGUAAUAUACUGCGAUUUACAAUAAAUGAUUUUGCUAUCAUUACUGGUUUGCAAUGCACCGGUAAUAUGAAUGACUUCAAGUAUUCUGAUGAUCAAGCAAGUAGAUUAUUGUCUUUAUAUUUUCCUGGUGCCAAAAAUGGGGUCAACAAAGCUCAUUUCGUUGAGCGUUUUCUGGUUGGAGGAUGGAAAACAAACGAAGAUGCCGUUCAGAUGGCCAUUCUCUAUUUCAUCCAUACUUUUGUUUUUUCUCAACUAGGUGAUGCACCUAUAUCAGUUGAUGAUUUCAAGAUGGUAGAAGAUGAUAGUUAUGAGCAAUAUCCAUGGGGGAAAUUAGCAUAUUCAAAAUUGAUAAAAGGAAUGCGUCAAGAGUUUUCAAAUGCCAAACAAAUGUAUCGUCUAGGCGGCAUGCCAUACGCUCUGAAUGUUUGGAUAUAUGAAUGUGCAUCUCAAGUUCCCUUUGAAAUUGCUGUAAGAGUGGGUAAUAAAAUUCCCAAAAUUCUUAACUGGCGUGUUGUCGCCGUGAAGCCAAAAUUUGAGACCUUCAUGUCUACCAUCUUCAGUGAGUAUCCAUGCUCCAACAUUGUCCAAUCUCAACAUGAAAUGGAAUCUAUUGUCGUUCAUGACAGCCAACAGAAACCUGAAGAUUCAACAUCGGCUGCCAAGGUCAAUUUCAGAAAACCUCAUAAAGUCACUGGAUUUGAGGACUUUUCAACAACACCACCCACUAAAUUUUUAAAGAGAUCCAGGGAUGUCGCUGAGACAUCUUCUCCACCUCCUUCCAAGAGAAUGAAGACUUCCCCUGCUAAAAAGCCAAUUCAAGUAGAAAUAGCCAACAUGCACAAGGAUUUCUUACCACCAAAUAAAUCAGAAAAUCUUGUUUCUCCUGACAAUGAACCGGGGGCAAAGUCACCAAAGGAAUCAGAAAAACCUGUUUCUCCUAACAAUGUACCAGGGGCGAAGUCAGCUGUUGACCGGAAUUUCAAGCAUUUGGAGAACAAAAUGGAUUCAAAUCACAUUGAUCUUUUGAAAGCCAUCGACAGUAUGGCGAACCGAAUGACUGGCACAUCAUCUCAAGUUAAAAAAGAUGAUUUUGAUCAAUUAUUCCAUGUGGUUGAACAACAAGAAGCACCUACUGGAUUGGAGGUGCACAAUUUUGCAAAUAAAUCUGACCCACCCCAAAAAAAUGACAAAUCUAAUGUCCAGGAACAUAUUAAGGGACCUGAACCAUCCACCAUGAUAAAUCAGGUGGACAACAUAUCGGAACAAAGCAUUUCAGCAGAUGUUCCUGAAUUAUUUGAUCAGCAAGUUUAUUCUGAUACAUUAAAGGUAAUGAAGAUGAACCAUCCGUCAAGGAUGUAUCAGCACACCAAAUGGAACCACAAAGAGUAG